UUGUUCUUUGUAAAACAUGACAGUUGUGAAUUGCGUGGUGCUGGUUUCUCUGAGAGAGAUGAGGUGAGAAUAUGGAAAAUCAUUCAUGCGGUUUGAUUUGGUGACUGGUAUUUAAAGUAAACCUGUUGAGUGAUCUUUCAGUCUGUUAUGCAGUCGGGGAGUGUUUGUGCACGAGCUGACACGGUGUAUGUAAAGGAAAUGUAUUCUCCCUUAUCAGAAGCCUUUUCAGCAUGGCUCUGUCAGCUUUUGCUGUCCUUACUUCUGUAGAGAAGAAUUCCUGACUCAGCAUUGCAGCUGACGUGAAGAUGUGCUGUUGAAAUAAUCGCCCUGGAGUCCUUAGCUGUCAGUAUGCUGAAUUUUUCCCUACUGCUGUUUGCCAGAUAGCGUUCGGUUUACUUUUUGCUCUUCAUCUCAAAUAUCAUCAGUUGCAAGCCUGAGGUGAAAGCUCCCUGAUGUGUUCUUUGGGCUUUUCGAAAUGCUGUGUGUGUAAAGAAGUGAGAUGUGACAAGUAGGAAGUUCUGUGAGCAGUUUGCUUUUGUCUGUAUUGAAUGUAAUGAUGAGGGUGAACUCCUCACUACUUCUGUGGUAUAUUAUCCAGCUUUAUUUCAUUAGUUCAAUCAAAGAGAGAAAGGAGAGAAAUGGUAACAAAGGAACAAAAUUUGUAUAUAAUGAGGCAAUCUAAAUAUAACAAAUAUAGCAAGUGCUUGAAUUGCUAGAAAAUACAUUACAGCUUUUAGCUUAGCUCUCUCUUCAAACAUCUAAAUACUUUUUCCUAUUUCUACCUUGGAAAAUAUGUGAACAACAUGUUAGAAAAGCUUUCAGGUCUUGAUUGGGCAGCUUAUUGUCAGGAGUGACCUCAUGUUGCAGUCUAUUUCUAUUUAGACUGCAGGGUUUAGUGCAGCACUCCAGAAGUGCUGUCUGACAAGCAGCCAUUGAAUCCGCGGGAGCAGUAUGCAUAACCUACAGCCAACAGCACACUUUGCUCUCUUUCAAAUGAAGCAUUUUUACAUGAAGUGUUCGUUUGGGAUAGCAAAAAUCAUCAGGAUGGCCUGUAAAGUCCUGCUGCACAGUGCUCAUAUUUCUCCCAUAAGUAUCUUGCCAGCCUCUGCAGACAUUUUAGAACGAACAAUCAGAGCAGCUGUGGAACAGCACCUUUUCGACCUGCAGAGCAGCUUAGAUAACGAUCUUAAACAAAUACAGCAACACAGACUGGGCUGUAACAAUGAUGCAAAAAGUCCCAGCGGGGAUGAGGAAGGAUCUAACAACCAGAAUGAUGUUAUUGAAAAUAAUGACAUUGGUAGCAGUGAGAACACGGGAGACUGCUCUGAAGUAUUGGUUAGCACAGAUUUAGGCAGCGAAGAUAUGAAACAUGAUACUGUAACUGAGGAGGAAGAAAGUGUUCAGGUACUGGCCCUUCCUUCUGCUGAGCCUGCAGAUGUAUUAUUGAAACAAUGUGAUAAAGAUGCAGAUGUUGAUGGAGAAAAUAAUAGUGAAAGGCAAAAUAGUAUUUUGGUUGAUGGCAAUGAUAGAAUACCUUCAGAAAUGUUUCUGGAUUCAAGUACCAAAGCUUGUGAUCUCAAUGCAAAUACUGAUUCAGAGGUGUCAGGGGAUGGUGACAUUUAUGUUCCUGAGGAAGCUCUGAGUGUCCAAGUACCACGUUUAGAUCUGAAGAAUGCAUCUGAUGGUGACAAAUGGGAAGGUAAUUUUUGCUCUUUAAUUCACAAUAUACUCAGCUAGUUAGAAUAAGUGAAAUACUUUACGAAGUAGGAAAAGCACUCUGGUAACUUACCCACUUUCCCUUUAGCUUCAUCUGAAUAAAACAUUCCUAUAUGACUUGGCCAAUUUCACUGCAUAUAGCAUAGAUCUCAUCUUCUUUCAGAUCUUUCUGCAACUCAGAAGGGACUUUAA